UUAAUCACCUCUGGGUUUUUAAUUUUUUUGCUAAACAAACCAAAAACAACUGAAAAUUUUGAAAAAAAAAAAAAACUUUUUUUUCUUAGUUUUUGUUAUAAAAUGUUGUAAAUAAGUGAUUUUUCUCCUUCACUGAUGUGCGCUAAUGAGGCUGCAGUGAUGGGCACUGAUAGGCUGCACUGAUGGGCACUGGUAGGUGGCACUGAUGGGCAUUGACGGGCUGGCACUGUUAGGUGGCACUGAUGUGCACUGAUAGG